AUGUCAUGCCCCAAUUGUUUUAACGGUCAUAUCCACCAAGGCACUCCCCGUGGGGAAGUCACCUCUCUUUAUGGUUUACAGGUUUACACGACGAAACCUCAAGGCGAUGUACCUCACCGGGGCAUUAUUAUCAUAGUGCCCGACGCCUUCGGGUGGGAGUUUGUGAACAACCGAAUCUUAGCUGACAACUACGCGGAAAAGGGGAAGUACCUCGUUUAUCUUCCUGACUUCAUGAACGGCCACGCGGCCCCAGCUGGUAUGAUGUCUGCCACAAAAGAGGUGCUGAAGACGAGCGGACUCACAACCUGGCUUAUGAAGCCGUACUAUCUAGCCUCAAUGCUAACAAGAAUGGUGCCCUUCAUGUACCACAAUACGUUCAAAGCAUCAUGGCCUAUCGUGAGGGACUUCUUUAAGUCUGUGCGCGAGAAUGAAGCCGCCGAGCUUCCUAUCUACGGAGCUGGUUUCUGCUGGGGUGGAAAGCAUAUCGUCAAUCUAGCCGCCGGAGUAGACAUUGCCUCAAAUGGAAAAUUACUGCUUAAUGCUGGGUUUACCGGCCAUCCUAGCCUUCUCGAGAUUCCCAACGAGAUCGAGAAAAUCAAAAUCCCCGUGAGCUUUGCGCUUGGGGACAAAGAUAUAAUUGUGAAAUCUCCACAGAUCGAACAGAUCAAGCAAUUCUUCGCCAGUGACUCGGGUUCUGGGAAAGGAGAAGUGGUCGUUUAUGAGGGUGCCGGCCAUGGCUUUUGUGUCAGGGCUGAUUUUGUUUUGGACGAUGCGAGUAGACAGGCCGAUGAAGCGGAGAACCAGGCACUGGCCUGGUUCGAAAAAUAUUAA